UAAAAGUCAACUUUUACCUAUCAUACAGAGGAUCAACCCAAUAUUAUACGGGUUAUGAGGUUGAAGCUGCUUACCAGUUUUUAUCUUUCUCCUCUUGUUACUUUUCGUCUUCCUCAUCUUGUUACUCCGGUUGAAGAGUUCCAAUGACCUCCCCAAACACUAAGAGGUGCUACUGUGAGAAUCUAGCCAUGGAAAGAACGUCAUGGAGUUAGGAUAACCUCGGUUGUCGAUUUUGGAACUGUCGAAACUCAUUGCGUGCUAAUGACAGUGAUAGUGAUCUUACUCACAUGGAGAAUUUUGGAUUCGUUGUGGUUCAAACCAAAGAAGAUCGAGAAAUUUCUAAGAGCUCAAGGCCUGAAAGGCAACUCCUACAGAUUUAUGUUCGGAGACUCGAAAGAGAUAGCACAAAUGACACGCGAAGCCAAAUCUAAACCCAUCCAUCUCAAAGAUGAUAUCGCGCCUCGGGUUUUGCCCUUUGUUCAUAAAUCAGUUGCUGAUUAUGGUAAGAUUUGUUUUACAUGGAUGGGACCCAGACCUACGGUGCAAGUGACCGAACCCGCCAUGAUAAAAGAGAUAUUAGCUGAUUAUUAUAAAUUUCAGAAGUCGAGAGGAAAUCCAUUAUUUAGGAAGCUAAUGAAAGGGCUAGUAGAUGUUGAAGGUGAUCAAUGGAUCAAACACAGAAAAAUUAUCAAUCCUGCAUUCAACAUCGAGAAGCUCAAGCAAAUGAUACCUGCCUUCUAUACGAGUUGCGAUGAAAUGAUAAACAAAUGGAAAAACUUGCUUAUAAAAGAAAGCUCAUGUGAAGUUGAUGUCUGCCCUUAUAUCGAAACAAUGUCCAAUGAUGUAAUUUCACGUACAGCUUUUGGUAGUAGUUUUGAAGAAGGAAGAAAAAUAUUUGAACUUCUACACGAAAUGCUAGUGUUGAUUGUAAAGUCUAUACAGUCUGAUAUCUUUCCAGGAUCAAGGUUUUUGCCAACAAAACGCAACAAAAGGAUAAAAGAGAUUGACAAAAAAGUCAAAGAUUCGAUAAAGGGUAUUGUUAAUAAACGACUUGUUGCAAUGAAAGCAGGAGAAAAUAGUAACGAUGACCUUUUGGGAAUUCUUUUGAGAUCCAAUCAUGAAGAAAUUAAGCAAGAUGGAAAUAAAAACUCAGGGCUAAGUAUCGAAGAAAUUAUUGAGGAAUGCAAGCUCUUUUAUGUUGCUGGACAAGAAACCACUAGAAAUUUACUGAUUUGGACUAUGGUUUUAUUGGGUCAACACACGAAUUGGCAAACUCGCGCUAGAGAUGAAGUUUUACAUCUUUUUAGGGACAAAAAACCGGAUUUUGAGGGGUUAAGUCAUCUAAAAGUGGUUAACAUGAUUUUCAAUGAAGUUUUAAGGCUAUAUCCAUCCGUGUCCUUCUUAGGACGUAUAAUACAUAAAGAAACCAAAUUAGGAGACAUAAUGUUGCCAGCUGGAACUCUUCUUCAUAUAAAUGUAUUGCUUUUACACUAUGAUUAUGAAAUAUGGGGUGAUGAUGUGAAGGAAUUCAAUCCUGAGAGAUUUUCUGAAGGGGUAUCAAAGCUCUUCCCUUUUCUUUCCCCUAAUGACAAUGGCGCCGAUUGUAAAUCCCGACUUGAAACUCCUCGAUUUGUUUUGUUUGGCCAUUUUCUGGGAGUUUACGGCCUUCCAUGCUUCACAAAUCGGAGCGGAAUUGAAACCACUGUCGCACUGACGCCCAACAACGCUGAUUCACGGCCUUUGGCAGUUCCCCCGAUUCUCCCAUCCAUUCCAUCACUGAAAAUCACAUUUCGUGAAUACAUACAGGUAUGUAUAAUAAGGGUGGAAACAAAUGGCAAAAGCGAUUGA